AGCAGGACACAUUUAAUGUUGCACAAUCAUCCUGACUGUAUAGCAUUAUGAAGAAAGAGCAAGUUGCUAAUUGUCAGUUUUCGCUUUGGUAUCCUUUAUUUAAGAAACAUACGAUUAAAAGCUUGAUUCUUCCUCUGCCUCAGAAUGUAAUCGAGUACCUUUUGGAUGACGGGACGUUAGUGGUUUCUGGAAGCAGCGACAACAACAAUCAGUCUUCACAGAACAACAACAGCGGCUCAGAGGAUGAGGACGAUGUUCAGUGGUCUGAUGAUGAGACAACGACAGUCGUCACGGCUCCAGAAUUCCCAGAAUUCAGCUGUGAAGUUCAGGAAGCGAUAAACUCCCUGGGCGGACGCGUCUUCCCUAAACUGAACUGGAGUGCUCCACGGGAUGCUAACUGGAUCGCCCUGAACAGCUCACUGCAGUGUCAGAGUCUCAGUGACAUCUUCCUUCUGUUUAAGAGCUCAGACUUCAUCACACAUGAUCUCACACAGCCGUUCCUUCAGUGCAACGACGACUCUCCAGACCCUGUGAUAAACUAUGAGCUGGUGGUGAGGAAAUGGAGUGAGCUCAUUCCUGGAGGAGAAUUCCGCUGCUUUGUGAAGGAGAACAAGCUGAUCGGAAUCUCUCAGAGAGACUACACGCAGCAUUACCAACACAUCUCCAAACAGGAAGAGAGCAUCUCCUCGUCUAUUCAGCAGUUCUUCAGAGAACACGUUCAGCACCAGUUCCUCAACGAAGACUUUGUCUUGGAUGUGUACAGAGACAGCAUGGGUCGCGUCUGGCUGAUCGACUUCAAUCCGUUCGGUGAGGUUACAGACUCUCUGCUCUUCACAUGGGAGGAGUUAACAUCAGGAACCAAUCUUUCAUUACAGGACGGUCCUGCGUUCCGUUACACCACCAGCGACGUGACCGUCCAGCCGAGUCCGUGUUUAUCUUAUCGAAUCCCCAGAGACUUCAUGGACCUGUCCACUGGAGAGGACGCGUACAAGCUGAUCGAUUUCCUCAAACUGAAAAAAGGUCAACAGGAUGAUGAGGAGGACGAUGAUGAUGAUGAUGAUGAAGAGCCUCACAUGGCCAGUGUGUGACCUCUGGUACAUCAAAAAACUGAAGUUUCCCAACAUGAGCUCAUUAGGGAUGUCUAUAAUGUACAUAGUGUAAGUUCCAGUGUCUGUGGAACAUCUGAUCUACACACCAGGUACUGUAGGGGAUUACACAGCCUGGAAAAACACACCCAGGUCUGUUUAGGGACAUCAGAUCAACCUUUGCACAUGACGUGAUAACGCUGUAAGAAUUAAUUAAGAAAUAACGAUGUAAUGAUACUGAAUCCGUUCUUCUCAAGUGUACAAUUGUAAAUGAAACAAAUUUGAUUUUUGUUCGGAA